ACGAAUUGUUAAUGUUGGCAACUCUGUAUCAUGCGCGCGCAGGCGAUAUUACUGCUAAAACAUAGCGCUUACAUCAUUUGGACUUCACAAGUUUCCUAGCAUUCACGGUUUGCAGACGGGCGUUGAUCAUUCAACAUAGAAGUACGUUCAUACAAAAGACAAAUUAAUAUCAACUUUACUGAGCUUUGCGCUGCAGAUAACCUCGAAAUAUCCGAAGUUUCUCGAAUCAUGAGUCAAACAAGUGACACGCAUAAACAAGCGAAAAAAGUGACAAUGGAGGCACACCAGCUCGCCAAAGAGUGUUAUCCACCUACAGAUAGUGAUGAUGAGUCUUUUGAGGUGCUUGAGACCGAUAGUAACAUUGGGGACAUUCGUAAGGACGACGAGGAUUUCUCACAGGAUGUGAAAUCACAGCUGUUGCCGUCUGAAGGCAUUGAUAAUGCGCUUGAUAUGGCAAAUGAUGCAAUGUUGAGUGCAAUGACACUGCAGUCUUUGCCACAGAUGCCUCAGCUGAGUAUGAAUCAGUCUUUUAUUUCAACUACAAGCAGUGUCGGGUCUAUUGAAUCGAAAUUACUUGAGGAACUGCAGGAUAAGGUGAAGAAUCUUAAGGAGGAGAAUGGUAUUUUGAGAAAUAUGAUGGCUCAGCAGAGUUUAGUUACAAAGAGUCAUUCAGAUAUUCUGACUUCAUGGAAGGAGGAUGUUUGUAGAGUGCAAGAAGCGCGUAAUCAGAAGUAUGAGAAGAUGAAGGUGUUUGUUGAUCAGUUGAGAAAAGAAAAUAAACAACUGAAGGAAAUGCUCGCGUCAGCUCCAAACAGCGCAAAUGCUUCUGUCCCACCACAAAACACAGAAUCCCAGGAAACUAUUCAAAAACUCGAACAACAAAUAAAAGAACUUGAAACCAAGCAUGAUAAAGAAAUAAAGGACAAAUCCGAUGAGUUAAAACUUGUAAAAGAGGAGUUAGAACAGACAAAAGUCAAGCAUAACGAUACAGUCCGUGAUUUGCAAAAAAUAACUUAUGAAUUUAAACAAUUGCAAGAUCAGAGCAUUGUUAUCGUCCAAAAAGAGCAGGAUAAACUGCUAACUGAACGAGACCAUCACAUGAAGAUCAUUAACGUGCUCAAAGAUGAAAAAGAAGCCAUGGAGAGACAAAUAUCAGGCAUUAAACAGAAUCAUCAGGAUCAGGAGAGUGAUUUACAGCAGAGACUCGAGAACGAAGUUUUUACGCUGAAGAAAAAACUUGCUGAUGCUGAGAAACAAGUGCAAGACUUACAGAACACUAAAGUUGAUCUGAAUAAUGUUUCUGAGGAUUUAGUCACGACUAAAGAACUCAAUGAACAGCAGACAUUGCGUAUUAAAGAUUUAAAAGAGAAACUCGCGGAGUUAUCGAAUGUUCAUGGGAAAAUGUGUGGGGAAUUCACUAAAGCCAAACAAGACUACGCAGAGUGUCGUAGUAUUCUUGCGGAUAGAUGUCAUGAAGUCAUAGAACUACAAAGUGAAUUAGAAGAUAAUCGUAGAGAGGUUGUUGCUUUAAAAGCAUCUGUUGAGGGUAAAAUUUACUUGGAGGAACAAUUGGCUGAUUAUGUUAAGCAGGUGAAUGCGAAUGACGAAGACUAUAAACGUGUUGAGUUGGAAAAUCAAGAAGCAGCGAAGAAAGAACAAGAAUUACAGAAGGAGAAUAUGCUGAUGAAGAGUCAAUUGUUAAAGAUGAAGAAUGACGAGACUGCUGAACUGCAAAGGUUGAGAAUUCAACUCAGCGAGGCACAGAAUUCACUUAUCGAGACAAAGGAAGCCAAAAAAUUGUCUGAUAAAGAAGCCGUAUGUAAUCGGAAAGCUGUGGAUGAAAUGGAGAAGAAAUUCAUGGAGGCCAGGUGUGAUCAGGAUAAAAUCUUAGCACUUGAAGAACAACUGAAGAUUUAUCGUGCGGAUUACAAAGCAGAGCGUGAACGUAAAAUAUUCGUCGUGGAGGAGCUCAACAAAGUCUCACAGGAUUUGGAGAAUGUGCAAUUGCGCAAUCGUGAGUUAGUCGAUGAGAUUGAGCGCUUGCGCGCGGCGCAAGAGUUCGUCAAUGUCAAUGCACCCCAGGCGCAGCCAAAGAGCCAUACGCCGUCUCCGCCCCUGACGCGUUUCCCAUGCCCGUUGUGUGGCGAAAUGUUCCGCUCUCUUCGACUUCUCGAGGAGCACGUAGAUCUUUGCAUCAAUACACCGACUUAAUUUGUUUUAUUAGCAUAAAUCUUUAUUUCUACUACUUUAAAAUUUGAAACCUAGAAAAUGUUUAGAUGUUGUUUUGCGAUUCAGAAAAUAUUGAGUUAAUUUGUUGCAGGAUUCGAGCUAUCGGUGCCCGCGAUGUGCGUUCACAUUCUACAAUUUGAUUGCUCUGCAGAAUCACGUCUAUCGCUGCAUCGAGUUGGAAUCGUUGCCCUAGGAUUAUGUAUAACUAAUGAUUAUAUAUCUGACAAAUAUGUUUAUGUGCAUUUAGUGGAAGACUUGUUUUAGUAUUUGACAAGUUACAGAGUUUAUCUUGUGUUUUUUGUAGUUUUACGAAGUAUCUCUUAUUGAAUCUAUGUUAUAAUUCGUAAUGGCGUCCUUUGAGGAUUUUAGAAGCGUUAAAAUAAGAUAUUUUAACACAAA